AUGCCAUCAAAACAAGGAAUUACAAGUAUUGAACAAAAUCUCACGAUCUGCGUCCGUCUUCGACCGAUGUCAACAGAAGAAAUCAAGAAUAAUGCCCUAAGAACCUGCUACAGACUUAUUUCCUUGGUCGAUCCAGCGGAUGAAGGAGAUGGGGGCCUACGAUCAAAACGAAAUCGUAAUCGCGAGUAUACUUUUGAUCACGCAUUUGACGAAACCUCGACGCAAGUAGGUCAUCAGAAUUCCAGUAGCCACAGCAUACAUUUCUUCUCUUCUCAGGAGGAAGUAUUUCGGCUCACCACGUUCAGUCUGAUUGAACAUGUUGCCAAUGGAUUCAAUGCAACCGUUUUCGCCAGCGGAAGUACAGGUUGCCGAAAACUCCUCCACGACUGGCUUCACCUUUGUGGGGGCUUAUCAGGUUCAGGAAAAACACAUACCAUGGUGGGCACAGAUCGUGAUCCUGGUAUCAUGGUACGAGCUAUGGAUGAGUUGUUCAACUACAUGAUCCAGACUGAGGAGGAAUACACCUACCGUGUUAGUAUGGCUUAUAUGGAGCUAUACAACGAACUUAUUCGGGAUCUUCUCAAUCCAGGACCCGAUUUUCUCGAGUUACGCGAAGACAGCAAGGGGGUCCAAGUGGUUGGCUUGUAUGAGGUGGAACCGACAAAUCGCGAUGAAGUUUUCAAGCUGUUGCAACGAGGCAAUCUCAAUCGGACCACAGAACCGACGGCAGCCAACAUGACAAGUAGUCGAUCCCACGCAAUACUGCAAAUUACUGUCAGGCAAUCCCCACGCACUCCGUCCAUUCAGGAGGAACUACGCAUUGGAAAAUUGUUCCUCAUUGAUUUAGCCGGAUCGGAGCGUGCGUCCAAAACUUUGAACCGUGGAAAAAGAAUGACUGAGGGAGCACACAUCAAUAGGUCCUUACUGGCUCUAGGAAAUUGCAUCAACGCCUUGUCGGACACAAGCAACCGGAAAUUCGUGAACUAUCGCGACAGCAAGCUGACACGACUGUUAAAAGACUCAUUGGCUGGAAACUGUCGUACAGUUAUGAUUGCACACAUCAGUCCGAGCAGUUGGCAAUUUGACGAGACGUGCAACACACUUGUCUACGCCAACCGAGCAAAGAGCAUCAAGACGAAGGUACGGCGGAAUGUGGUCGACGUCGACCGUCACAUUUCCCAGUACACUGAACUGAUAAACGAACUGCACGAAGAAAUCACCCGACUGAAAAUGAAUCUCAACACCGGCCAAACGGAAAAAGAACCGGACCCGCAUACGCUGGAACUAAACCGGUUAAAAGAUGAGCUCCUGGAUGCUUGCCAAGUCCAACUGGACUUGCGGCGUCAGUUGGUUCGAUUGAAAAAUCGCCUGUUGGAAUUGAAUCUUGAGGAAACGCGAUAUAAUGAAUGGGACUCAUCAAAAGCUUCUUCAGUCACUGCUUCAAGUGCCACAGAAUCACAGACAAAUCUUGAUGGUAUCCGAGAUGCAAGCUACGCGCACCACUACCCCAUAAUCCAUAGUUAUCAGUUCAUGGGUCAAGCCCGAGAAGCCCUGCGGCAGGAACGUCGACGACUGGAGGAAGCCUACGAGCAAAUUGAGAAGGACCACGAAAUCGCAGCGGAUAACGUCAAAAGGAUGCAAAAAUCCCUGCUUGCUCAGUCAAUGCGCAGCGAAGAACGCGAAAUUAUUGACCUGCUAUGCAGAUUGCACGAACUAGAACUGGAAAGAGCGGAUCUGGAUGCUCAGUACGCGCUCAGUGGAACGGAACUGAAACGGCGUGAAUUUCUCCUAAAUCAGCUACGUGUGGAUAGUCGUCUGUCGGAAGCGAUAAUUCGUUACCAGGCCGACUUGCUGGCACACAAUAAUGUGGAGACUCCCAAAGAACUUCUGCAACUGUUGGAGUUGUACGCACAACAGACAAAUCUGGGAGCGCAGCGAAGAGUGAGUGUCGGUGGCUCGGUAUCCGAUGUUCGAUUUGCUGGUAUCCAACUAACAAACGGCGACUCUUCAAAGGUCUCAAAUUCCCUAUCAUGCAUCCCUUUUGAGACCGCCAUGGAAGGUCAUCGUUACCAGCGGACAACUAAUUGGUUGAAGACCGGAGCAGGCCGCCGAGCUUCGUUGUCAGAUGGCCUUUCGACGCUUGGCAUUGAUCGCUCGAGUAAUGUUCUCCAUCCACUGGGUAGCCACAUGGAAAACAGUCAAUCUGAACGCGUCACACCGUCAAAGAAACAAAUAAACUUUUUUAGUCAAACACAAAAGAUCAGUCCAAAUGCUACGGACACUGAGACAUCCACUGCACAAUCGCAUAAUGAGUUGCCCUCUACAGUCCAGAACGAAGAAGACGGAGUCAAACACUCGGAAUCCAGUAGUCUGGAAAAUAUGCGACCAACAAACAUUGAAUUAGGUGAAAACCUUAGUGGAGUGAAGGAUACAAGAACCAUUUCGCUUGUAGCUCAACAAAGACGAGAACAACGCUUGAAAGUUGUGAAACAAAAACAGCGGAGGAGCCACUCCGUAGCCAUCAACCAGGACGUAGAUGAGCAAUCAGACACCGGUGAAAAUGUUGAAAUAUCUCUCCUCCAUUCACCAGUCUACCUAAGACUAUCUCCACCACCAGCGGAGGGGCAGGGAAAACGCAGUGACCCUCAUCUGUUGGUCGAGGCUCAGAAAUACCAGUCACGUCGUUCGAUUGGGCGCAGGAGAGAUGACCAGUCGUAUUCAGAAGCAAAUUCCAUCGAACAACGAGCUAUACCAAUUGGAAAGCGAUCACCCAGUCAAUCUGAGCAACCCAGCAUCAGCACGGGGGAUAUCGGAUACGACUGGAGUCAAGGUCCACUAACUAGACCGAUCAAAGUGGUUCCACUAGAAGUGAAAAAUCAAAAAAGAGUGCUUGCUCAGACCAAGAUGACGCGACCACGCAAUGAAACAUACAGAUCCGAAAUUCCCCGUCCACGAAGCAAUUCCAGAAAGUCGAAACCCAGUCCUCCCUUGAAAGGCAAUGAAAUCCCAGUUCCAGUAAUUCAAGCUCCCCAGAUAGCCAAGAUACACGAACAAACAACCGACGGUAUUCCGAACUCCCCUCAAAACCGGAGAACUUCCAUGGGUCCAGCAGCUUCGAGAAAAUCGAACCAUGAAGGAGCCUGGCAACAGAAGACUGCAGUGGACCGCAGAUACAAUCGAACUGUAAGAAACUGAUGCGCAUACAAUCAACAGCUACAUCAAGUCCAUCUCCCUGGAACUCACCAUGACAAUCCAG